AUGGGCUAUGGCCUCACGGAGGGCGGCGCUACUGGACGGCACACCAUCGAGGUCGACGUCCGAUGGAGCACGAGCGGCGAUACAUCCGUCAAGGAGCUCGAGUGCGCAGGAACGCGCGACGCCAAGUGGUUCAUCGACUGCGCCAAUGUGUUCAUCGACGCAGGUACCCAUAUGAUUAGGAUCGAGAGCGAGGGCAUCGCCUACCAGGAAUCUGACCACGUGGGCGCCGUACCCGUCAAACCCACAUCUCGCAAGAGUAGUCGGCACAUACACAUCUUCACUGCUUCGGCCAUUACGUAUGUUGCAUUACAAGUUCCCGCAGAUUGCGUCACUUCUUCUGUGCCUAUGCUUUCAACAACGCCAAAACCCGCAUGCACGAUUCUGCCCUGGUACUUCCCCUCGGCCCUCUCUCUAGUGGAAGGCCCGUGCCGACCCCUCAAAGCACACGCCUAG